AUGGAGUACCAGAGCCGAGAUAGACUACUUUCUGCAGUUUGGCCGCACAUUGAAUCAUUCAAUACAUUUUUGUCUGUUGGAUUAAAAAACAUUGUAAAGAAUUUACCCAAGAUUUAUGUAGACUCGGGGUUUGUUCAAGAUGAUUGCGAACUGAAUGCAGCUUAUAGUCCAAUUGAAUACCUUAGAAUAGGAGUUACAUCUGCAAAGAUAGGAAAACCUAUUUUUGGUAAUUCUGAAUCAGCUGGCACAAAGUUGACUCCCCAGCAUGCUAGAAAUGGUCAUAUUAGCUACAGUGCUCCGCUCUGGCUAGAAUUUGAAUGUUAUAACUCCUUUUCAGAAACUGUUUCAAAACAAAGUGUUUAUGCUGGAACAAUUCCAAUUAUGGUUAAGAGCUCAAGCUGCCAUUUGUUUGGUCUUGGGACAAAAGAGUUGGUGGAAAGGGGUGAGGAUCCAAACGAGGUUGGUGGUUACUUUAUUAUUAAUGGAAAUGAAAGAGUUAUUAGAUAUGUAAUUCAACAGAGAUGUAAUUACCCAAUAGGGCUUAAACGCCCAAGGUUUGCAACAUUUGAUUCAUUUGGAUCAGAGUAUGCUAUUUUGAUGAGGUCAUUAAGAGAUGACGGAACUUCUACAGCAAACUAUCUAUAUGGUACAUCCGAUCAUCAGUGCAUUUAUAGGGUUUUAUUAAACAGGCAGGAGUGGCUAAUUCCAUUUUGGCCAUUACUAAUGGCAGUUGGGUCGAUUUACGAUUCGAAUAUACUUAGGAGCAAGAUUCUCCAAUAUUGCAACCCAAAGGACGAAAACUUGUUUAACACAAUUAAUAUGCUUACUCUUGAAUGGGGGUUUGAUAAUUCAAUUGGAGUUGAUUCGGAAUUUAGUUCUGCAUCUUUUGGAAAUAAGGGGCCUGGAGACACUGAUAUAUUGGAAAAUAGAUAUUUACAUUACAUAGGUAGAUUGGUUUGGGAAGGUGUAUCUUUUCAUCUACCUCCAGGUAGCCUUUUACAAGAAGCAGGAAGAUUUUUAAUUGAUAACUAUGUUUUAGUUCACUUGGAGGAGUGGAAUGCAAAGUUGGAGUGCCUAAUUUUAAUGUUUAUAAAACUAAUCAAACUACAACUUAAUGAGAUUCGUGAAGAGUCAAUAGAUUCUUUUGCAUAUCAGGAAUUACUAUCCCCAGGGAAUUUAUACUCAGCUCUAUUUAAAGACGCAAUUUUUUCUUUUCUACAAAAGAUAAGGUCUACAUAUCUGAUUGAGAUGCGUUCCAAAAAUAGUGAGAAGAAUAAGGAGACUAAAGAUGGGGGGAAUCUGCUUAGAGAUAUGUCAUACUUCAAAUCAACUUUAUCAAAGAAUAUUGCAAUGAUACCUAAACGUCUCCAAUAUUUUAUGGCAACAGGUAAUGUGAAAACCACUCAAUUGGAUCUUCAACAGCUCUCAGGAUGGACUGUUGUCGCAGACAGGUUAAACUUUAAUAGAUUUCUAUCCCACUUUAGAGCUGUACAUAGAGGGCAGUUUUUCACUACUAUGAAGACCACAGAUGUAAGAAAAUUAACGGGUGAAACAUGGGGAUUUCUUUGCCCAGUACAUACACCAGAUGGUGAGCCAUGUGGGUUACUUCUCCAUCUCUCACAAGAUUGCAUUCCUGUAACUCAGUGGGAUUCACAAGAAACACUUAGACGCUUAAGAAAUUACUUGAUUUCUCAUGGUAUACCAUGCGAUGAUGGGUUAGGAUCACUUUCUUCAGCUUGGGGUAUAGAGUCCUCUUCAAGAGAUGAUUUACAUUCCCCAGAUUUAUCGAAAUCCAUUCCUGUAAUGUUAGAUGGAAGAGUUAUGUUCCACAUCCCCAGAGAGGAUUUCACAGCUUGGGAGAAUAAAUUAAGAACUUUGAAAUGGCAAACAAGCCCAUCCGUAUUACCAGUUCAUGCGGAAAUAGCAUGCGUUCCUCCAGAUUCUGGUAUGUUUUCAGGAAUCUAUAUUUUCACUGUUCCUGGAAGGCUUGUAAGACCAAUUAUGCAUCUUGAAACCGCUCAAGUGGAUUGGAUUGGACCAUUAGGCCAACCAUGGAUGAACAUUGGUGUAACUGAAGAGGAGACUCAAAAAUCAACAGAACUCCUUGAAAUUCAAAAAAGAUUAAUUGGCAUCUCAGAUACUGAAUCAGAACAACAGUUAAAAGACGAUUUAAAAGUUUUAAAAAAACUAAUUAAGGAUAAUGACAGAGUACUUUCAUCUGUACCAGUUAAUUACACACAUAUGGAGCUACACCCAUCGACAAUUCUUUCUAUUACUGCCAGUCUCAUUCCUUAUGCUCACCAUAACCAAAGUCCAAGAAAUAUGUAUCAAUGCCAAAUGCUUAAACAAACUAUGGGUACCCCUUGUCUUAAUCACCAAUAUAGAACAGACAAUAAGAUGUAUAGGCUUUUAACUCCUCAAGAGCCCACUAUUAUUACUAAAGGUUAUUCGUCUUUUGGGUUUUCCGAAUAUCCAACUGGAACUAACGCAAUUGUUGCUGUAAUGUCUUAUUCAGGUUAUGAUAUGGAAGACGCCAUGAUUCUUAACAAAUCAUCUUAUGAAAGAGGAAUGUUCCAUGCUUGUGUAUAUAAGACUAAGAUCAUUUCAGCUGCUCCUCCUAGUGCUACAAAAAAGAGUGACGCAGAAAGCUUCUUUUUUCAUAAUGUUGGACCGGAUGGGGAGUUGGUUGUUAAAGAGCUUUCAGCAGAUGGACUUCCUAAUAUUGGCCAAAGACUUACAAAAGGUUCUCCAAUUUGUAGAGUUGAACGUAUAGGUUCUGGAGGACCUUCUAAUGCAAUUGUUCAAACUUAUCAUGACGAUGAAGUUGCAUAUGUAGAGAAAAUUAAUAGAAUUGCUAGUGGAAUUUCUAUAGAAUUUCAACAAGAUUCUCUAAGUGGAGGAGGCGGAGAUGGACCUUCUAAUUCUUCAGGCUACGGAGAAAAGGUAUCUAUUAAACUCAGAGUUGUUAGAAAUCCUAUGGUUGGUGAUAAGUUUGCUUCAAGACAUGGCCAAAAAGGUAUUCUUUCAAUGCUUUGGCCACAAGAAAACAUGCCAUUUAGCGAAUCUGGUAUGGUUCCUGAUAUCCUAUUUAAUCCUCAUGGUUUUCCUUCACGUAUGACUAUAGGUAUGCUUUUGGAGUCUAUGGGAGGAAAAGCUGCUUGUAUUCAUGGAGCUAGAAAUCUGGAUGCGACCCCAUUUAAUAUUAAUAUUUCCGAUGAUCUUUCGAGGUCUGAAGAGAAUUGUGUGACUGAUAAAGUUAAUGAGAAGACUACUGUGGAUUACUUUGGUAAGGCUUUAGAAAGGGCAGGCUUCCAGUAUUAUGGGUGUGAGCCACUUUAUAAUGGAAUGACAGGAGUGGAGCUCCCAUGCCAUAUCUUUAUGGGAGUUAUAUACUAUCAAAGACUUCGUCAUAUGGUUGCAGAUAAGGCUCAAGUUAGAGCAACUGGACCAAUUGAUGCAUUAACUAGACAACCUGUAAAGGGAAGAAAAAGACAUGGUGGUAUUAGGUUUGGAGAGAUGGAGAGAGAUUCUCUUAUUUCAUAUGGCGUUAGCUCUAUUCUUUUAGAUAGAUUGCUUAUUUGCUCAGAUGAGCACAGGGCUUAUGUUUGCCCUAAAUGUGGGCUUAUAAUCUCACCCAUUUCAAAAAAGGCUAUUGCACAAUCAAUGUCUAGCAGCAAGCUCUCAAAUUGCAUUCCACCUAUUGCAGUUUGUAGAGUUUGCAAAUCUCCUUGCAGAAUUAUUACUCUUCCGUAUAUUUUUAGGUAUCUUUCAAAUGAGUUAGCGGCGAUGAAUAUAGUUAUUCGCCUGAACUUACAGCAAGAAGACAUUCCUAUAAGCAAUUAA